UGUGGCAGGUUGUCCGGCAGGGCGCUUACCGAGUGAGCAAGAAAAAGCGGGCUGCUGGUGGCAGGGAGCAAAGGAAGGAAACGUGAGGAAUGGCUGAAAGCUGACUGUGUUUUUCUACAGGAAACAAAUCAGGAGAGGGAAACGAUAGCUAAAAUAAGUCACCAAGUGUUUCCCAUUUCGGUUGGAGAAUUGUAUUGAGGCUUCUUAUUUUGUCCACGCACGGAUCCGCCUGGUUUUCUGAUUUAAUGGGACAACGAAAACGGAAAAAGCAAAAGGUGCCAAUUUUGUCGUCUGUGUGGACGGUUGCUACUUAUUUUUAUGGGACCAACACUCCACACGGGAUGAAUAGGAACAGGAGGACACUUAGUGCAAGGUAAACCGCAUUGUUUGAGUAAAGAAAAUGUCCCAGAUUUGACAGGGGUAGUUAAGGAUAUAUGUUUGGUGGGACUGAUGCAUUAACAUGUUAUAUCCUUGAAGUGGUCGACUACCUAUCAACAAGAAUACGCAUUCAAGCUUCUUGGACAAGCCAUCACAACAGAGUAGUCACAUGAAAAGUGGCCUACAUGUCCUUAUAAGAGAAACACGUAAAGCCAUUUUGCUCAGUCUGAACAGAAGAAGAACAUGCGCGUGUUUGUCAUCUGGAUAUUUUUGCGGUUGUUUUCACUACGGAAUGGUGCGGCUGGUCAAGGACAAUCCACUCCGGCUAUUUGUUCGUCCUCAUGCAGCUGCGACGAGGACGGAGGCGCCGAUUGCUCUGGGAAAGGUCUGACCACUGUCCCGACUGGUCUAAGCGCCUUCACCUACUAUCUUGACAUCAGCAUGAAUAACAUCACAGAGCUCCCGGCAUUUGUCUUCAAGAACUUCCCCUAUCUAGAAGAACUACGACUGGCAGGAAAUGACCUCUCAUUCAUCCACCCUGACGCUCUGUCUGGACUACAUCAGCUCAAAGUCCUGAUGUUGCAGAAUAACCAGCUGAAGACUGUUCCAAGUACAGCUAUAAAGAACCUCUACUCUCUACAGUCUCUACGUCUGGAUGCCAACCACAUCACGACGGUGCCUGAGGAUAGCUUUGAGGGCCUCCAGCAGCUCCGCCACCUCUGGCUGGAUGACAACAGCCUGACUGAGGUCCCAGUGGGCCCCAUGAGACACCAGGCUAACCUGCAGGCUCUCACCCUGGCACUCAACCGCAUCACCCACAUCCCCAACAAUGCCUUUGCCAACCUCUCCAGUCUGGUGGUGCUGCAUCUGCAUAAUAACAGAAUUAAGGAGAUUGGGGAGAGCUGCUUCACAGGGCUAGAGAACCUAGAGACGCUCUACCUGUUCACAGCAGCAGUGUACACCCAGCUGUACUGUGGCUUGGGCAGGGUGGAGCUGGCAGACCAGGAGCAGGCAGGGGCCGUACGCCAUGUGGCAUGGCUCAUAUUCACCAACUGCAUCUUCUUCUGCCCUGUGGCAGCCUUCUCCUUCGCCCCUCUACUGGCUAGGUCUGGCACCGUGGGGGGCCCUGAGAUCGCCAAGUCCAUCACGCUCAUCUUCUUCCCCCUACCGGCAUGCCUUAACCCCGUGCUCUACGUUUUCUUCAGCCCCGCCUUCCGGGAGGACUGGCUGCGGCUGCGGGGCCAUGGAGCUGUGGCCCGGGGGGUGAAGGCUGGGCAGUGUGCAGGGGGCUCUGGGGUUGUGGAUGGGGACGGGGACUCCUCCACACAGCUGGGCUAUGACUGUGGGGUGUACUCCCAGCUCUGUGGGGAAACYGGCYUGUGUGAGCGCUGCGAGGCGGCUCUACACGCCAGGACCUCUUCCUCCUCAUCAUCAGUCUGCAGACACUUGGUGAAGUCCCACAGCUGCCCUACCCUCUCGGCUGGUGCGGCAGCGGGCCAGCGUACGGAGGGCUACUGGGCAGACAGCGGCACCCUCCCUGCCCAGUCAGAGUACGCUGACGAGGGGGACUCGUUUGUGUCCGACAGUUCCGACCAGGUGCAGGCCUGUGGACGAGCCUGCUUCUGCCAGAGCCGAGGGCUCCCUCUGGUCCACUACGCAUACAACAUACCUCGCAUCAAAGACUGAGAAACUCUUCAGCUGUGUUUGUGUGUGUGUGUGCAUCUGUGUUUGUUUGUGUGUGCAUCUGUGUUUGUUUGUGUGUGUGUGUUGGACACUAUAACAAAAAGAAAAGGUUUGUGAUACACAACAAAACAUGUGCAUGUGGGUCCCUGCACACAAAUCAUUCAGGAAGCACUUCUUUAAUCACUGUGUGAAACAGACUCAACUGUCACAAAAAGGGAAUCUGGCAUUAAAUUAGACUUCUCUGAGACUUUUGGCCAACACUUGUUUUGCCCAUCAAGAUUUACAACUGAUUCCUGUGUGUGAUAACACCAAACUGGCUGUAAAAAAUMUAACAAAAGAGGAAACCUUUCCACCAGUGCCUGCUUCUUGGUUUAGAGCAAAUUCGCCUGCUUCUUGGUUUAGAGCAAACUCAUUAUCAAGAUGUUACAAGCCUGAAUUCAUCUGUCACAUCUCUUGCUAAGGCAAGGAUCUAUGUGCCAUCCUUUUGUAGGUUCUACCUGUAGCUAGCUAUACGUUUUAUUUUAUUGUCAUUCCCUGGUCUGUCGAUUUUAAAGCCUUGCCAUAAUCGCUAUUCAUUUGUAUAUGUAGCAAAUGUAAUCAUAAUCCUCAUUCUAGGGUUGUUUUUCAUAUGAGAAUGUAAAGUAACUGAAAGGAGAAUUGUAUGGCAGCGGCUUUAAAUUAAGGGGUACUGACAAUGUGUUAAAUAUAAUCUGAAAGCUGCAUUUUCAGCCCUCCCAAUGUGAGCCAACUGAAUCUCCAGUCUGAAUCUGUUCAUGUAACUUCACAUGCCRUGUAUUCAUUCCUCAAGAGUACAAGACAAUGACUUAAAUGUUUAUUAUCUUUGACAAUAAGUGUCAACAAUUCUUCCUCYCUAUGAGUGAUAAAGUCUUGGAUGUCACGUGGGAAUGGAAGAGYGCACUGUUUUAACAACAGUCUUCCCAGUUGUUUUGGAGACUUUUAUGACUUUGUUUGUUUUGUCUCUUGGACUGAAAAUCAUUUCGUUGAACUGUGCUUUACCCCCAGGAUCGUUCUAAUUUAUUGCUUAAAGAGGAGCAGAAUGUCUGGGCCAAGGACAAGGUUAUUUCAGGUGUCAGGAAGUUGGCUUUGAAAGGUGAAUGCAGCAUGUACCAAGUUCAAGCUAAGCCUCUGGCGCUGAAUGUUGAUGCCACACAAAGGCCUUCAUUUCUGGAUUGUUCUCUGAGACAGAUCGCGUUGUAGUAAAAUAUAUAUAUAUAUAUUUUUUUUUUAUGGACAUCAUUGGUGCUCACAACCCAUUCAUUUUGAUCAAGAUGCAUACAAUCCCACAGCUCAGCAGUGUAGCCAGUGUAAUGGAUAUCAUGGUAUAUAUUAUAAUAUAAUAACAACAUAUAAUGUAGAUAAUGUUUCACUAUGAAACAUUUUAUUGGAUCAGGUUUGACUGUAGGGGAAUAUCUGUUUGAUGUGCACGAGCAUGACUUUGCGUAUGGGGCCUGCACCACACCACACCCUAGGAGCUUGUAUCCACAUGUGUAAUUCAUGCGAGCGCUCAGGAAAUUAGGCAAUGUAGGGAUGCCUUGACUCCCCUCAACAUUUUGUUAAUGUGUCCACAUUAUGAAGCUCAUUGGCUUUUGAAAUUAUAUCACAAAGUUUCUUAUUUUUGUAUGGAUUUGUCAAUGUUUUGACUGAGUGUAAUUUUAACACCAACCAACUGUCCAGAUUGUAUUGGAGAUGUUAGAAGCCCUUAUGUGCAAAUUCCAAAUUGGUGUGUAUUGCUGUCUGUUUAUCCAUKUGUAAAUUAUUUUUGAUAGAAAAAACAAUAAUCAAGAAUGGGAUGCAUUGUCUAACCACGGAAGCUACCUCUUCAACUUUAGUGGCUACCAGCAGUGCUUUGUAAGGUGUGUGUUCUUAUGCUAUUGAUAUUUUGUUAUUUUGGUUUGAACUGUAGGCUUUGUUUGUAAAUACAUCUGGUUGUACAGCAUCACUGAAUUUAAGUCACGACUUUAGUUGAUGCCAAUUGUGGGAGGAAUGUACAGUAUGUACUGUAUACUGUGAUUUUUGUAAACCAAAAUAUAUAAAACCAGUUGCUUAAAAAAGA